GAAUACGGGCCUGGGCCUGGUUAGAAUAUCCGUCCCCAAGGCAGGCUGGAAACAAAACACGCGCGUUUGCAAUGAAUGACAACAGCCUGGACGACAUAUUUACUAAUUGUUAUUAAUAAUAUAAUUACAAUAUGAUUGUUAAUAUAACAUAAUUAUUAUUAUCUAUAUUUAGAUCAUAAUAACCAUAUUGUUUUUAUAACAGAGGUGCUAAGAAAUAUCUAUUGUAUAAAGAACUUUAAGAAAUUAUUAAUAAUACUGUAUUAAGGACUGUAAGAAACUAUUAAUAAUAAUUCUUAAUAAUGAUUGAUUAUUAUUCAUUAUAAUUAGCUCAUAUAAAUCAUGAAAAAUAUUCUUAUAAUAUAAUUAUAUAUUAUAAUAUAAAAAAAAAAUCAUCUCAGGCACCGUAAUGUUAGGAUAUAAGCAGAUGCAGUCAUGCUAACUCACAGUACAGUACAUUCCAUCGUUCCUCCAGCGGUAUUGUUUGAGCAAUGAACUCUUUACUGUUUUUUUAAUUGACUAAAGAUACAAAUUGCUUACCUGAAGCACAUGUCCGACAUAUGCCAAUCAGGAGAAGCAUACACUCUAGUUCUUUCCACAUGUUGGAGGAAAAUCCCCCCUCUCACUGAGGGUCGCAACGAUUGCAGUCGGGAGAAAAGAAAUGAUAAGUCGCCUCACUGAGAAAAGCCAGUGGAUUCUAGUCAAGAGAGAAAUGGACGUUUGGUGCGCCUGCUCCGAGCCAGAGGCAAACCAUGCCCUACGUCAAACACAUCACAUUCAAAGGUAGUCAUAAAUCAAUUGUUACUCUUCAAACUCUCGUUGCUGGACUUUUUCUUCAAUGUUGUAUUUCAUUGUAAUUAGCCGAACUAAGGCUCCAGCUAGGGUUACCUUUAUGAACGUGACACCUCCAAGCUUGAUCACAUGACCAUUUGACACAGACGGAUACUGUACAGUUUUAAUGGAGGUAUGCUGCUUGACUGAAUGCAGCAUCCAAAGCUGUGACAAAUGUGACUUUAUCAUGCCUAUCAAGAUUUUCUCUGUGGAAUACGACCAGGUGAAUGAAAGAGGAACUUUCUCUCCUGGCGAUGUCCUCGCUGGAAAAGUGACUGUGGUGGCCAGCAAGGAGACCAAAGUGCAGUCUUUGACGGUCACUGCGAAAGGAAAGGCUGAGGUCAAAUGGUGCGAUCAAGAUGGACAGACCAAAGCGCUCCACCAAGAUGAGGAGAAAUAUUUCUUUUUGGAACACGUUAUUCUUCAGGAUAAAAAUAAAAGAGAUGGAACAGAAAUCAUUCAUCAAGGGAGGAGUGUGUAUCCUUUCACCUUUGUGAUUCCAAAUAUAGACAUGCCUUCCUCAUACGAAGGAAAAUGGGGCAGAAUCACGUACAGUUUACAAGCUCAACUGACUAAGUCAAUCUGGAGCAUCCACAAAACUCGGAUUGAGUUCCCAUUUCUUACCAAGUCGGAGUUUCCCUUCGCCUCCAAAUCAGAAAUGUUGAUCGUCGGAUUUCAAGAGCGGCAAAGCGCAACCAAAAUUUCAUUUUACGGCGCUGGAAAAGUUACCUUGAAUGUGACUUCGGAGAAAUUGGGACUGACACAAGGUGAAACGAUGGAAGUGUCUGUUGACGUAAGUAACAGCUCAAAUCGUGCAGUAACGCCCAAAUUCUUCCUGUGCGAGAAGCAAAUGUUUGUCGCCCAAUUGGAGACAAUUGUACACACAAAUGAGAUCCUCUUUGGCACUGGAGAAUCAGUUUCAGCUCGGAGCAGUCUUACCAUAAAAAAUGUUCUAAGUAUCCCUCCACAGCUCUACCCCACAUUCUUCAACUGCUCCAUAAUCAAGCUCGAAUACACGCUCAAGGUCACCCUUGGUGACCCAUUGGCAAGAGAUCCAGAUAUCAGACUUCCUCUGGUUAUUCUACGGGGUUCAACCCAACCAUAGCAUCGAAAAUCUAAAAGAUCCCGUGUAAUGUAGUGCUGAAAAUGCCAAAGUAGUUUCAAAGUAGUUUUGUAAAGGGAAUGUGAACACGGUUUGGCCCUCCCUCUUUGUCAGGGCACCGAUUUUGUGCAAAAAAAUAGAAAAUAGAAAAAUUGUUAAGGCGCACAAUGACUGACACGUUUUGGUGCAAAUCUAAAUAAACGUGUAUUGCAGAAUUAAA